AGGUUUCAGAACAGAAGGACACAGGUGGUUUGAUGCUUUGUCAGUUGGUAAGUGUGUAUGUAUCUGGUUCUACUUUCUGUAACUCAGCUAUGAAACUAUGACAGAGGUUAGCUGUGCGUAGACUGUGCAUCUUGUAGAGUAUAGGAUCCUCAGAAAAAAGUGUGAAAAUUCAACUGACCAGUAUCGGGAUUUGGAUCAGCGAAAAUCAAGAAUGGGGACAAUCCCACAUGACAUCAGAAGGCUUUUGGAUGACUGUGAGAUGUUUGUGUCAGAAAUCCUUGAGAAUGAAAACCUCAGUGACUUUGCUGACGAAACACGAAGAGUUCUACUGAAUAAUUUCCGUGUGGUCCAUGCCAGAAACCCUCAGGAUUUUCCCGUCAGAUCGGAUUCCGGGCAAGAGGAUGGUUCUGAUGACAACCGCAGCUCCAGUCUGGGUCGCUCAGCUCCAUCAGAUGAUGCCUCAGUUGCCUCUGAUUACCAGGAUGAUGGAGCCCCAGAGUACUUUGAGCAAAUCCGCUCCGUUGCAGCCCAGGACCUCAGCAACAUCUUGAAGCAAGGCUACUUGGAAAAGAAACGAAGAGAUCAUAGCUUCUUCGGCUCCGAGUGGCAGAAGCGAUGGUGUGUUCUGAACAAUACAAUAUUCUACUACUUUGGGAAUGAAAAAGACAAACAGCAGAAGGGCUCCUUUUAUAUCAAUGGCUACAGUGCAGAAUUGGUAACCAGCUUACGGAAAGAUUCCAAAAAAAAUGCAAGCUUUGAGCUCAGCGCCCCUGGACGCCGGUCAUACCAGUUCACUGCCAGCAAUCCUCAAGAGGCCAGAGAAUGGGUGAACCAGAUCAAUUUUGUUCUCAGAGAUCUCAGCUCUAAUCUCAUUCCUUUUGAUGAUGAUGAGGAGGAAGAUGAGGAGGAAGAGGAGCCCUAUGACGACAUUGAGGGGGUGACGGGUCCUCCCCCGCCACGACCUGGCGCUGCCCAGGCACCUCCGAGUGGCAAACAGGGAGCGCCAGACAUGGGGGAGGUUGACGAGGAGGAUGAGGAUAUCUACGAGGUGCUGCCAGAGGAGGAUCCUACAGAUCAAGCCGAGAACAGUGAGGGGAGCAGUGCUUCAGCAUGGUCAUCAGAUUACGCUAACUACUACCAGGGUUUAUGGGAUUGUGCAGCUGAUGAGCCGGAUGAGUUGGCCUUCCAGAGAGGGGAUCUCAUCUACAUCAUUAGCAAGGAGUACAACAUUUACGGCUGGUGGGUCGGUGAGCUGAACGGCACUGUGGGUAUUGUCCCCAAGGACUUCUUGAACCCUGCCUACAUCCUCUGAGCUCCAACAGAGCUGCUGGUGCCACAUCCGGACAUGAAUUCCACCGACAGUUUAUAAUUUUGUGUACUUUGAAACUUGUAAUCUGUCAUCAGGUUGUAAAUUCAUCAUGUAAAUCAGAGACAGUAGUACCAACAGUUCUAAUUAAUGUAUAACCCUCUUGUGAAGGGCUUUUUUACUUUGUGUACAAAUGAAAUUGUUUUGUUGGUAAAAUGUCAGGGUUUAAAUAUUAAUGCAGAACAGAUUUUAUUGACAUGAUUGGAUGCACAAAUACAAUGUACAUAGUGUAUAAGUAAUAAAAAAGCUGUAUCUAACAUAACACCAAAAUACUAAAAAUAGAAGUUUUUACCUUUGUCAAUUGAAAUGUGUGACGUCAAGUUGUUCCGUUACUGGCCACUAGAUGGCAGGAAUACUCCAGUGUCUUGACUUGAAAACAAGAAGCGUGUUGGCACUAUCAGACAUGUAAUUGAAAUAAACAAACAUCUGAGACAUAUAUUGACAAACUAUUUAUUGAAAUAAAAUUACAGUUUGUAUAUUCACAUGGACACUGUCCACUUACAGAUCCAUGUUAAAGAGGUGUCCUCUGAAGGAGAUACGCAUCCUGUGGUCAUUUACAUUGUAAAAUAUAUCCAGUGAUGUGAAGUCAACCAGCUAGAGCCCAUGAAUGAAACAAACACUAGAAUAUUUUGUACCACAGAUAUGAUUGGUACAUUGACAGUAGUACAUAAAACAAAUCCAUAUUAAUAUCUUUGCCAAAAACAAAAUAAGUAUCUGUAUCAAAUUGCACAAUAACCUCUGGGUCCCUUUUAACAGCAAGCUGUAACAGAUUCAUUUAUUUAUUUAUAUCUGACUAAAGUUUCAGUUUGAAGAGGGCUGCAACUGAACUAUACAAAUAAAUUCACAAUAAUGUAAGUGUAAUU